GGCUCCGUGCCCCCUUGCUAUGGAAGAUGUGCUGCCUUCUGCAGUGCUGGAGAUCUGCGUGUUGGUCGGCGUCCCUCGAGAAAGGGCGAAGGAAAUCUGCCAGGUUGCUCAAAGACAUGACAUAAGAAGCAGCCCUCCCUUCGAACCAGAAGUUCUUUCUGUUUUUGUACCUCCAUUCAUCAGCAAGGAGGAAUUGCAAACAGCAAAUAUAAAUAGUAACACAUUCAAUAAAGGGAAACGACGUUCUUUUCGGAAAAAGAAAGAGAAAUCCAAGAUUGACACUGCAAGAGUUCUGAAUGGAGCCCAUAAAAUUCCUGAGACUGAAGAUGUUACCAUCCCUAUCGACAUUGACCUUAACGGAUUGCCACAGCUUUGCUUUCCAGGAGGAUUUAAUAUAGCGUUGGAAUCCACCGAAGACCGCAUCCAUUUCCUUGUUUUCACCGACGUCUGUGGUAACAGAACUUAUGGUGUUGUCGCACAGUAUUACCGGCCUAUGCAAGAUGCCCACAUCUUCUAUAAUGGGCAAGCUUCUUGGGAAACGGCAAAGAGCUCUAGAUCGGCUUCAUACUUUGUGCCAUUUGCAGUGUGCGUCAUAUCUAGGUAUCCCUACUUCAACGCCCUCAAAGACUGUCUAUCUUGUUUAUUGGCACAGUUGAAGUCUUACAAGGAUUUAGAUGUUGAUAAUUAUAUAAAAGAAUUCGCCGCCAAACUGUGUUUAAUCCCCACUCCUCCUCCAGGACCUCUGCACUUGAUAUUUAAUAUGAAGCCUCUCCAGGUAAUAUUUCCAUCUCAGGAGGAUCCUGACAGCCCACUUAUCGAUCUGGAUCUACACCUUCCCUUCCUAUGCUUCAAACCGGAACAGGUGUUACAGAUCAUAACCUGCAUUUUAACAGAGCGGAAGAUUGUUUUAUUUUCCUCUGACUGGGCGUUGCUGACGCUCAUAUCCGAGUGCUUUAUGAUGUAUAUCCACCCUAUUCAGUGGCAGCACACUUUCGUACCCAUUCUUUCUCGCCAGAUGUUGGAUUUUGUCAUGGCCCCUACAUCGUUCCUCAUGGGAUGCCACAUCGAUCACUUUGGAGAGGUUUGCAAGGAAGCCGACGACUUAAUUCUAAUUAACAUUGAUAAUGGCGAUAUCGCGCAAUCCCAGUCAUCAGAAGAGGAGACUGAAAUUCCAGAUAUCCCACUGGAGGCGGCAAACAUCUUCAUAGCAAGGGUUGAAAACCUUCAGCUGCACUAUGACCUGGAGCUCUCUCACCUUGCUUCCUGCACAGACCUUGGUGAAGUUCAGUUGCGAAGGAGGAUUUGGCAGCAGAGGCUGAAUUCUGAAAUUCAGCAGAUUACUCUGCAGUUAAUAGUCAAUAUCUUUAGGGAGGUGAAAGAUCAUCUGAAUUAUGAGCACAGAGUAUUUAACAGUGAAGAAUUUAUGAAAACGAGAGCAGUGUGCGACCAGCAGUUUUACAAAAAGGUUUUGGAGACCUAUAUGUUUCACUUUUUCCUUAAAGCUCGCCUCAACAGAAGGAUGGAUGCUUUUGGUCGCCUAGAGCUGAGCACUGAAGCUGAGAAAGACAGGUUAACUUCAGUAUUCAGCCCAAGGAGGCCAACCAUGGAAAAAGUAAUUUCAAGAAGGUUUAAUCCUCAGUACAUGAUGAGCAGGCGAAUGGGAUUGAGCUUGCCUAAUCUGCAAGAGAUCGCGCCAAACGAUGCCCCGGCGAGGAAUUCGUCUCUUCGGCGUUUAGACAUGAAACAAGCUAUGAGAUCAACCUCUAAGUCGGUGACUACUUUCAAGAUCCCAGAGAUCCACUUUCCUCUUCUGAGCCAGUGUGUCUUCUCUUACUACCUUGAUUUCAACACUCAUCUCAGCAGAGCUAUAAAUAUUUUGUCUCCCGAUAACUCUGCGCUUCUGGCAAGGUACUUCUACCUCCGGGGACUUAUUGGUUUGAUGCAAGGAAAGCUUCUGAACGCGCUUUCUGACUUCCAGAACCUUUAUAAGACAGACAUAAGGAUAUUCCCCACAGACCUUGUGAGGAAAGUGGUGGAAAACCUUCCUCCUUCCGAACGUUCCCAAGCGGAUCAGAAGCCGGAGCUGAAGAGGUUGAUAAGUCAAGUGAUGGAUAACCAAAGGGAAAUAAGCAAAGUUGACGACCGUGUGAAAAAAUUCCAGUUGCCGAAAACGCACAUGCAGCUGGAUGACUUUGUGAAGCGCAUUCAAGAAUCUGGGAUUGUCAAAGACACAGACACGAUUCACCGGCUGUUUGACGCACUGACAGUAGGACAUCAGAAACAAAUAGACCCGGAAACAUUUAAGGACUUUUACACCUACUGGAAGGAAACGGAAGCAGAGGCUCAAGAAGUAAACCUGCCCCCCAGCGUGAUAGAACGCUUGGACAAAAACGAAUGUGUCUACAAGUUGUCGUCCUCUGUUAAAACGAACAAAGGAGUUGGGAAAAUAGCCAUGACUCAAAAGCGCAUGUUCCUUCUGACUGAAGGAGUUCGGCCCGGCUACCAAGAGAUUGCAACUUUCAGGGACAUAGAGGAAGUGAAGAGUACGACAGUUGCUUUCCUGCUUCUCCGGAUUCCCACCCUCAAGAUAAAAGCCAUGUCCAAAAAGGAGGUUUUCGAAGCAAAUCUUAAAUCUGAGUGUGAUCUGUGGCACCUGAUGGUAAAAGAGAUGUGGGCUGGCAAGAAAAUGGCAGAUGAUCACAAGGACCCUCAAUAUAUUCAACAAGCACUUACGAACGUUCUCCUGAUGGAUGCGGUCGUGGGUGUGUUGCAGUCUUCCAAGAUCAUUUAUGCUGCUUCCAAACUAUCUUACUUUGACAAGAUGAAGAAUGAAGUGCCCAUGAUGGUCCCCAAAACAACAAGAGAAACGCUCAAGCACAAGAUUAAUCCAUCAGCUGGGGAAACUUUCCCACAAGCAGUAGAAGUCUUACUUUACACACCAGGGCAACUUGAUCCAGCAGAAAAGCAUGGUGACGCCCACCCAAAAUUAUGGUGUGCCUUAAAUGAGGGGAAGGUGGUCGUGUUCGAUGCAUCUACAUGGUCCAUACAGCACUAUCUUAAAGUAGGAAACUCUAAACUGAAUUGUAUGGUAAUGGCGGAACAAAGCCAAGUCUGGAUCGGUUCCCAGGACUCCAUUAUCUAUUUGAUCAACACCCACAGCAUGUCUUGCAAUAAGCAGCUGAACGACCAUCGCUCCGAAGUUGUGGACAUCAUUGUGGAAAACGGAGAUGGCAUCUCCAGCGAGGCCUAUUCUUGCAGCGUGGACGGAACAGUGAUUAUGUGGAAUAUCAGCACCUUGAAAGUGAACCGCAGGUUCCAGUUGCCCUGCGAAACUCUGACUGCUAUCAAAUUCCACAGUAACAGGCUUUGGUGCUGUAUAGGGAGCUGCAUUCUGGUCGUCUCAACAAAUGGUGUUAUCCGGCAAAAAGUACAAAUGGAAGACAGCGUGAGUGCUACGCCCUUCCUCUGUUUCCAGUUGUUCCCCGAGAGUGACCAAGUGUUGGCAUCCUGUUCUGCGAGCGCCGAGUUGUAUUUCUGGAACAUGACUGAUCUCUCGACACCCUCUCAAAAGAUCAGCCUGCAAGACUGCUCAGAGAUCACAUGUAUGAUGAAAGUUAAAAACCAGAUAUGGGUUGGCGGCAGAGGUCUUUCUCAAGGCAAAACCAAAGGAAAGAUCUAUGUGGUUGAUGCUGAAAAGAAGACGGUGGAGAAAGAAUUGGUUGGGCACAUCGAUACGGUGAAAGCUCUGUGCUCUGCAGAGGACAGAUAUGUUCUUAGUGGUUCUGGAAAGGAAGAAGGGAAGAUAGCAAUCUGGAAGGUUGAAUAAAGUUCAGCGUUUCAGUUUUG